AUGAAGAGAUUAUGGGACAGGAACCGGACAAAAGAUGACUAUGAGCAAGUUUGGUCCGAAAAUGAGAACCCCGCGUAUCUAAGUGACGACAGCUCGGAAACAACAUACGAUGCCGAAUAUCAAGAUGUCUUCCAAAACGACUACGAUUUCACUGACGAUUCAAGUAGCGACGAUUCCGAUAGUGAGGGAUCUUUUCAAGGUGUUCCACUGAGAGAAGCGGACGCGCAGAACGAUCUCCGAAUUAAAACUUCUCCCAAUGCUGAGAUUGAUCCAGAGUCGUUGCUAUCCGAGCGCGCCUUCGAGAAGAAAACAACGAAGAAAGUCUGCAAAAGCUGCAAGUCUAAGAACCCUCCUGUACCAAGACUUAAAUUAGACACUGAAACUCCGAGACAACCAACAGUUGAUGUCAUAUUUGACGCACAGGAAAAUUUGCCUUAG